AUGCAGGGUGAGAAUCCUGUUGACGUUGAUGAUGUCCAUUCUAUGUCCUGCGGCAAACGUACUCUUUUGCAGUCCGAGGUUAUAUCUUUUUUCGCCCCAGUUGCAGAUAAAUUGAGGUUGAAAGACGGAAUAUUUGUUCCAAAACCGCGCCGCGAUAUAGUGGAGGAAACGAAACUUCGAACAAAAACGAUAACUGUGAGGAUGAAUUCUCCUACUAGAUUAGAAAGAACGAAUACAUCUGUUGUUACUCCAUCUGAUAAGCUGAAUACGAAUCACUCUGAGUUAGCAAAUGGCUUAAGUGUUUCAGACACUUCUGCACUCAUGGAUGGAACAAGAAACUGCUCAUCAACUUGUAGUCCAGUCAGUUCAAACGGUUCCAUGCCUCAUAACAAACUUGAUAAUGAUGCCGGUCUUGAGUCAUGGAACGUUAAACGACAAUCAAUCCCCUGUGGUGUCUCAAAAACACCGAACCGGAAAUCACUGUUCACUAAAUUAAUCCGCAGGUUGUCUACUCCACGAAUCAAAACAUCCAAAGGAAAAGGCUCUUCUGUGUCCGUUAAAACGGAUGGAUCACUAUCACAAAGUGAAUCUGUGUCAAACGGUCUCAGCCCACAGAAGUCUCGUAAAUGGUUUGCCAGGCCUAUGUGGAAGUCAACCAAAAAUCCUACAUCGCAAAGUAGUAUAGAUUCUCAAAGCUCUUUGGUUAAUGUGAAUCCCGAUAUCCAAAUCCAGGAUGUGCCAUCUGCAGUGGACAACUUAUCACAAAAGUUUGAUGUAGUCAUCCAGGAUUUCAGAUCUGUCCCAGUCCCUCGUAAGCGGAUAAUACUACCGAAUUCAGUGAAAUCGGCAAUACAAAAACCCCAGAACUCCUCUAACAAUGUCUCAACUCAAGACACAUCUACUGAAUCUAAUGUAUUUGCUUCUGUGCAAUCUAAAUUUAAUAAUGGUGAAACCCAUACCAAGGUCGAAGCAUCAACUCACAGCAAUUCAUCACUUAACGCGUUUUACCACUCGUAUGCAUCAAAGAAUGACACAGAUAAUUUCUUAAAUGCAGUUUGCAGUUCACCCCAAACUACCAACAUACUGCGUUGUAAUAGUAUUCGUUCUGCUGGCAGUAAAAUGCACAGAUUCGAUUUACCUGUUGACAGUUGUGAAAAGGACAAUGAAGUACAUGCUUUACAUCAAUCAGAUACAUUAAUCUCUCAGUCAUAUGCAAAAACCUCUCACUGUACACCAUCCAAUUAUCCUGUAUCUCCUUUAACAGCAUACACCCCAAGUUAUUUAAAUGCAUCUUUAGCUGCAUUUGGUUACACUGGAUAUGGUUCGACAUCAAAAUCAGCUCAUAAUCUAAUUCACACGGAAAAAUGUCAAGUAGCUGAUAAAAAUGACUCAGGAGGUGUUAAACCUGAAACUGUUAACUCAGUCAUUUCAAAUUCGAACCUCAAAUCGUCUAAAGAGAAUGAUUUAGACUGCUCGUUGCAUACAGAAGAAAAGGAGUAUGAAAGUCCAUCAGUAGAACUGAAUGAUUCCAUAAUAUCGUGCAAUCAAACUGAAUCUGGUUACGAUGAUGCCCCGGUUGACAGUGCGGAAGGUGGUGUGAAACUAAGAAGAAAGCGGACAACUAGCUGCAACGCCAGUGGUGAUGAUAAACAGCAUUGGAAUCGUUCUUCACUCAUCAUGUUAGCAGUUGCUCACGCUAGUCCUCGUAGUCGUGUUGUAACACCAUCAACAGUUACGAACAAACCAUUUCUUUCAAGUCUUUCAGACGCUAAUCAUAUGGACGAAGAAAAAUCAGAGAUUCUAGACAAUCAAAAUGACUCACCACCACAGUGUCAAACAGAAACGGCUGAUCGGUCUCCCAGAAAUAUCCCUGAAUAUACAUCCUCAACCACUGAAUGCCCAAAAGAUAAUCUAUCCCAAAGUGGUAGUAGUCCGUUGUCUGAGAAAAAUUUCAAUCAACCCGAAAUGAAAAUAGAUGGGAACUAUUAUCUCGAACAAGUAGAUCAAACGGAAAGAGAAUUAUUACAUAAAGUUUUUGAAAUAGAGAAGGACCUUAAUGCCGAUCAUGAAAUGGAUGAUGAAGUUUCUGGUCUCCUGCGCACUGCUUGUGGUCAGACAAAACUUCUCAUUUCUGAAAAGUUUUCUCAAUUUCGUGGUCUGUGUCAUCAGAAUUUGUCAUGGGAAAAAUCGAAAAUUGAUGGAACUACUGAUUGUGUGAAUGAUUCUAAUACUUUAGUCACUUUAAUAAGUGACUUAGACGGUUUUUGGGCAAUGGUCUCUCUUCAAGUGGAUGAGGUUCGUAAUCUCUUCAAGCAAGUGGAUUGCUUGCGUGCUAAUCAAUGGAAGAUGACAAAAACUCCAGUAUCAAAUGAGAACUGCUCUAUUUCCCCAGGAAAACAAAAGGGAAAUCGAAGAGUUGUCAAGUCUAGUGUAAAUAAGAAAAAUGAUACUGUUGCUAGGCAACAAGCUCGUCAGCGCCUUGAACAAGCUAAACGUAAUAUGCAGCUGCUGAAUUCAAACAGCUCACCUGAGAAACCGGUGAAAUCAAGCCUUUAUUUGUAUAGAUGA